AGGGGGCGGGGCUUUCAUCCGAGUGCUGGCAUCAGUCUGCUCUGCAAGCAGCAAAAGGUGGAGAGAUUCUCAUCUUCACGCGCACCGGUUGUCAAACGCGCACAAAGAUACAAACUGUGACAAAAACGCAACUCAUCGAAGCGGAACUUCUCAGGUUCUGCUUUCUCCCUUCUCUCAUUGGACCUUGACGGCCGCACUUAACGGCAACUGGACUAUGGACCUGAGUCUACGAGACGCUCUGGGUGGGGGCGGAGGAGUGGCUCCGGGCGGGGCCCCCGGCGAGGCACUGCUGAAAAGAGACUUCGUAGCUUCGCUGGAGAAGGAGAGCUACGACGACAAGGUGGGGGAGACGGUCUCCAAGAGCGACUACCGGCCCUUACUGGACGGAAAGGACUCCAAGAGCGGUCCUAUGAUGGGUGGGAGGACAGAUCAAUGGAGCAUGAACAAGACAAAGGACAACAGCAUGCCUGACUCAUUUCUAGGCUUUGCGCAGUCUGGGACGGGAGGCACCAUGGCAUCCGGCCUGCCACCGUUCCAAAGCAGUAUGAGCAGCCCUCUCAGCCAGAUUGGGACGGGUUCAGCCAUGGACACCCAGAAGAGUCCAGGCCUAUUUGGAGUGGACAACAAAACCAGCAGCAACACCAGUGGAAGCAGUCCGUUUAAAAGCAGCGAUCCGUUUUCGACUGGCGGCUCGGGAGUCCACUCCAUGGAUCACUCUGCAGCUCCCGUCCUACCUCCCAGCGGCUCAAUGGACGACAGCAGUCCCACCUCCUCUACCUCCGAACCCCUCAGCCCCGAGAGAGUUGGGCUGGGGGGCGAGGCUGGCAAGGAACAGCAGAGGCGGCGGAAGAAGAAGAGGAAGGACCGUGACCACGUCUACGACUUCUUGGCAAGCCAGGAGCAUAACGUCGGCCAGUCAGACAAGCAAGGGAGGCAGGAUAAGGGCGGCCUGAAGGUGGAGGAUGACGAGGACGACGAGGGGAACUGGGAGUGGGAGAUCAGAGAGAGUGGAGGAGGGGGUAGAGUGAAAGGCAGGAAGACUAAGAGUCGGGCAAGACUUCCAGAAGAAUGGGGGGUGACCCAGCAGCCCAGUUCCCCACCCCCAGCUACUGUUGCUCCAACCAUGGUAACAACAGCCAACUCUGGUCUGGUCUUUGACUCCAGAACUUCCGAUUCCAACCCGGGCCCUGUUUUAACCUCGCCCGCUGCACAAAUACCCGCCACUUUCGGCAUCCGUUCCCAUGCUAGCCUCUUGACAGAUGCAUCUCCCCGCUCCUACGAGCCAAUGUGUGUAAACGAUUUUGCCUUGUCUAAUAAAGAUGGUCCGAAAACAAAUCCAGAGAAUGUUUUUGCGGGCAAGCCUGAAUGCAACAGCGCAACGCCUAAUGUUGCAUUUAAGGGUAGUCAAGAUGGAGAUGAUAGUGCUAGUCUAGCAUUGAUUAGCGGGGACAAUCUGAGCCCCGUUUCCCAGACUUUCUCUUUCCUGGAUUCAGUCCUACAGACUCCUCCAGGCUGCACUCCCGAUUCACAAACCCCAACCCCUGUCACCUGCACACUUUCCCUUUCCACAGCUCCUCUGACUAAGUCCACCCCAGCAGAGGUUGGUGUUCCUGCUUCACUAGCCACUUCUGUUCCAAACCCCUCCACCAGCCCAUCACUAUUUUCUGUAGGAACAUACCCUCCAGCGACUGCAGUGCGAUCAGCCCUCAACGUCGAUGCCAAGCCGUUUGUCCCCAUGGCCACACUUGGUUUGACUGUAGCUAUCCAGUCUGUACCACUUUGUACCACUUCAGCCAUGCCCUUUAACCCCUCAGCUUCUUCCUGUAAGAAUGAAGCCACCCUCACGGCAUUGUCAGACACUCCGCCCAAAAGUGUAGUCACGCCCAUUACAGCCACUCCGCUCCCGUCCGUCACCCCCGCAGCACCUCCUACUCUCCCUGCACACUCAGAGCACCAGGAGUCCUCGCCGCCACAGCUCCCCCCACUGGAAGUGAAAUCGGACAAACCGGUGAAGACGGACAAGUUCGACAACUUUGACAAGAAAGAGAAGGACGAGCAGCAGAAAAAGGACACCCCUCCAGACAAGAACCAAAAGUCCGAGAAGCUCCUCAAAGACGAGGUGGAGAAGAUGAACGCAGAGAAGAACAACAAGGCCAACGAGAGGGCAGAGAAGGUGGACAAGCCUGAGAAGACCAACAAAGACGACAAGAAGGAGGAGGACCAGGGUGGGAAAGGGCCGGCCAAGUCUCCAGCUGGCAAUGGCGGCAAGACCCUGCUGAGUCCUGACGGCAAGACCAAGCCUGACGCCGGUUCAACUAAACCAAACUCUGCCAAAUCCCGCCCAUCCACCCUCCCCACCAAUGGCGAGGCUAACUCGGCCAAUCGCCCGUCCCCCACCACCACUAAUAAAAAAAGCCCCGUAACCAAGGCGACCACACCCACCGCUGCCAAGCGGUCACCAACAGCAACUGGCUCCGCCAAGGCUGCCAAGACUCCGGAAACGGAGAAACGGCCAGCCGUGUCAAAGGUCGCGCCCACGCCCCGCGCGGCUGGCGGCAAGAACGGCUCCGCUGCGCCGGCUGGGAGUAGAACUGCUGCAAACAAGAACGACAAAACUGACAGCAAGACAGCAGAGGCCAAGAAACCCAAGACGACAGCCCGCCCUCGCCCGGCCUCCACCACCACUCCUGUGGCCUCCACCAACGGCGAAGCCUCUCACCGUCGCCGUGUCAUCACCAAGCCCCCCGUGCCCAAGCAGACCCCAAUGGAGAAGAAGCCGGCGGUGCCCCGUGCGCCUCGAACCCCCCGGCCCAUCAACGCCCCCACACCCGACCUGAAGAACGUCCGCUCCAAGAUCGGGUCCAUCGACAACAUCAAGUACCAGCCCGGCGGGGGAAAGGUCUCCUCCGGCUCAAACAACAAGUCCACCGACCCCUCCACUCCCGUCGCCAAGGCCAAAGUUCAGAUAGUGCACAAAAAGCUGGACUUCAGCCAUAUCACGUCUCGCUGUGGCUCCAAGGACAAUAUCAAACAUGUCCCUGGAGGUGGCAAAGUGCAGAUCCUGAACAAGAAGGUUGAUUUGAGCAAGGUGACGUCCAAAUGUGGCUCAAAGGACAACAUCAAACACAAGCCAGGUGGAGGUGAUGUGAAGAUUGAGACCCAUAAGCAAAACAUUAAGGCCAAGUCUAAGAUCGGCUCCAUGGACAACAUGGGGCCAGGCAACGAGCAGACCAACGGACACAAGGACGAGAAAACAGAGGCGAAGACAUCUUCACCCCCGAGUGGCGCUCCGACAACAGGACCGGCGGGCGUUGCUAAGGCAACAGUAGUAGGAGGUGUUGCCAAGGAGAAUGGGGUGAAGGAACCUACACCCACUCCCUUUGGGGGGGAUGGACUGAGGGAGCAUAGCAUUGACAAACGCAUCACUGAGACAAAUUGAGUCGAAGUGACCGGUAGAUUUUGGCAGGACACGCAUGGCACA